AUGUACAACAAUUAUAGAUGGUCAUCCUUAAAAGAAACAAGCUCUAAUGAGACAUUAAGAAGAGCUCAGCUUCGAGAGAUAGUACAACUUCAAGCGAAACAGCAAGCUCUGUUGCCAAGACAAGGUCGUUUUCGAAAUUUAUGGUGGAUCGAUGGAAAUAUACACCUGAGUGCAAACUGGGAUGAAGCUUUUGAUGUUGAUUGGGAGAAAUAUUCAGUUCGAACUGAUAUGUAUAAUGUGCAUGGAAGUGCAAUUGAACGUGAAAUUACUUUUGCAGAUCCACAAAGAAUGCUCACUAGUACAAAAGCCAGUAAUAAAAAAAAAGAACCAGACGGAUCUUUUUUACCAUUUGACAAACCUGACUUAAAUUCAAAUGGACGUGAAGGCCCUAAUUCU